AUGGCUCCGCCUGACGAUGGAUUUGGUCCUCGCAAACGGCGCAAGAUUAGUCCGAAAGGAACCGUACCAUAUAUCCUGCGGUCCCUGUUCGACCAGGUCCCCUUGACCACCGAGGAACACAGCUCCGAGGUGCAUAUCACCUGCGUGGAGUACUGGAAUGAAAACUUAUAUAUCGGCACAUCUGCGGCAGAGAUCCUGCACUUUGUCUGCCUGCCAGCCUCCGAUGAAUCGAACGAGCCCACCUUUAUCCUGGCAUCGCGGCUGCCGAUCUUCUAUGUGCAAGAUGCGGCUCAGUCAGACAACCAGCCUGGUGUGCAACAGAUCGUCAUUCUAUCCUCGGUGAAUAAAGCGUGCGUUCUGUGCAACGGUACGGUCACCUUCUAUCUGUUGCCAGAACUCAGCCCAGCCUUCGAUUCGACCAAGGUCAACCCCUGCCGCUGGAUAGGUGGAUUGGAUCUGAACCGAGACCCAACGGACGAGGAGCCUCCAACAGUGAUGAUUGCGAUGCGGAACAGGAUAAUGUUGGUCCAGAUUGGUGAUGAGGCGAAACGAAUCAAAAAGAUCGAUUUCCCCAGCUGCUUGGUCGCGGCUCGAAGAGGGACAAUUGCCUGCGCAGCUGAUACGCAUUCAUACUCACUGUUGGAGGUGGAACAUCGGCAAAAGAUUUCGCUUUUCCCAAUAUCCUCCUUGAGCGAGGUCUUUGAACCAGGACAGGUGGAAGAGACGAGGCCGGCAUCCCACACCUCCCCGAGACGAUCGCCGUCGUCAUCCUAUCCAAGCUCGCCUCCUACAGAUGCACAGGUACAUGCCAGAAGCACCAGUCUUAAUGCGUUUGUGGGGAUGCUACAGCCCCAGGCGCAAGCAAACCAGCAAGAUCGAGCGUCAGCGGGAACGCCAGAUCCCUUUACGUCUUCCGGGACUUUGAGACGGUCGAGCUCUGAAGAACGUGAUGAAGACUCCAAACAGGUUACCGACGAGACGGAGGCUCCAUCUACAGCCACCGACAGCUUAAAGCCGUUACCACCACUACCGAAGCCAAUAACGAAACGACUACUCCAACCUCACGUGGCAUCUCCAACGCCUUCUGAGUUCCUCCUGGUGACUGGUACGGACGAAAAGGAACCGGGUGUUGGGAUGUUCGUGGACAUGGACGGCGAAGUCGUCCGAGGCACGAUCAAUUUCCAUAAAUAUCCGAAAUCUAUUGCGAUCGAUACGGGCGAGGAUGAUCAGCUGCUUCAGCCAAAUGACGAGGAUCGCGAGGAGUGGAUCCUUGCCGUGAUUGACGACAGUAUAGAACAAGAAUCAUCGCGAUACCUACUGGAAAUGCAACGGUGGGAUGACGACCCCGCAGAAAUCGAGCGCAACAAGCGAUGGAUAGAAAUACCCUGUGCUGCAGAAACAACUGCAGCUCAAGUGGGCCUAGGCCAUACCAUCAGUCCGAGCCAUCUCGAACUGCAUGACGUUGGCAAGAUUCUGCAGAUGGUUCGCCUCAAGACCUCGUCGUUAUUGCCCUAUGCCCCGGACCCCGACCCAAGGACGCAGGCAUCGAUCGAACAUAUCCAAAGAGAGAAAGAGCUCCUCGAGUCUCAAGAAUCGACCGACUCUGAAGGGCCUAAGAAACCAGAGAGAACAUCUUCCCGAAAUUGGGAGACUCAACGGAUUGCCGAAGAAGCCAGAUUCGCGCGUGGGCUAGGCAAGCUUCAAAGCAGCCUUCUGGUGUGGUCAGGCUCUCAGAUCUGGCGCGUGCUGCGCAACCCCUUGGUCGUCCAGCUCGAGGAUAGUCUGCAGAAUGCCCAAAAGGGUGCGGUCUUAGACCGGGACGCCGUCGUUGACUUGAUGAUGUCUUUUCAGGACACCGAGCCCAACUCCGAGGCCGAAUUCAUUGGCUUGGGCUAUAUGAAGCAGAAAGCAAGUUUGCUGCUGUACGGAGACUUGUUCUCGAUGAAACCAGAGAAUCGCAGCGACGCAGUCAUUGACACCACGGAACGAGCACUUUUGAUUGGUGACUUGGAUCCUCGCCUGGCAUUAUUGUUCAUCCCACUGCUGCGAUGCGAGGUCUUGCAAGGCCCACAAGGGAUUUGGAUACAUGCUGGCUUGGCGACUGUUGUAGAAAAGUAUAUCGAAGUGGUCGGCAAAGCGGACCAUGCCACUUCUGGGUCGUCUGUCUUGGACAUGGUGAAGCGCUUCCUCUUCUCUUGGCAGCAAAAGAGAGGAUAUGGGAGUAUCACUGACGAAGACUAUGUCUUUGACUCCACCGACGCCGCGCUCUUGCAUCUACUUCUGGAGCAAGAUGCCAACUUGACCGCAGGGCACCGGACGAAAUCGUCGACUUGCACUGAGCUAGACAGACUCGUUGAUUAUUGGAAGGGAAACUUCGAGCGGGCAGUGGCGCUUCUAGAAGAAUACCAGAGACUUUUCCUGCUCAGCCGUCUUUACCAGAGCCAGAAAAUGUUUCGCAAUGUGCUCAAGACAUGGCGCAGGAUUAUUGAUGGAGAGAACGAUGCCAGUGGCGAGGUUACCGUGGCUAGUGUCGAAGCCCAGAUGCGCAGGUACUUGGUGAGGAUCAAAGACCCGCAGUUGGUCGAAGAGUACGGCGCGUGGCUGGCGGCGCGCAACGCCGAGCUAGGAAUCCAGGUGUUUGCAGACAAUUCGAGUCGGGUGAGAAUCGAUCCUGCGGAUGUGGUGAAAUUGCUUAAGGAGCGAGCUCCCAAUGCCGUCCAAGUUUACCUGGAGCAUCUGGUUUUUGCCAAAAACUACACACAAUACGCCGACGACCUCAUUUCUUACUACUUGGAUACCGUCCUCUCCGUGCUUCAGUCUUCCCCUGCCGCGCGAACCUCUCUUUCAGAAUCCUACUCAACCUACCGAGCCCUGCGGCCCCCGAAACCAACUUACCUCAACUUCAUCACCGCGAACACCCCCGCCGAAUCCUGGUGGCAGUCUCGUCUGCGUCUCCUCCAGCUCCUAGGCGGCAGCUCAGGCACCCAGUUCACCACCUCGCCCGUCCCAACCGGAAUCAGCUACUCAAUCCCCGCUGUUUUGGAGCGCAUCGAGCCGUUCCAGAAUGAGCUCGUCUCGGAAUGCAUCAUUCUCGACGGACUACAGGGUCACCACCGCGCCGCGCUCCGCCUGCUUACCCACGGACUAGGCGACUAUGACUCCGCCAUCCGCUACUGCCUAUUCGGCGGGCCACGCCACCAUACCGGCAGCAGUGCGCCGCCCGAACUCGCCGAGCAUGGUCUGCAAUCGACGCUGUUCCGACAUCUGCUGGACGAGUUCCUGCAGAUACAAGACCUGUCCGACCGCAUCGAGCGCACGAGCGAUCUUCUCGCCCGCUUCGCGGCCUGGUUCGAUGUUCGCGAGGUACUGGAUCUCGUCCCCGAGGCUUGGAGCGUGGAUAUCAUCGGUGGAUUUCUCGUGCACGUUUUCCGGUCUCUCGUUUCGCAAAGCCGUGAGGCGCGUGUGGAGCGUGCGCUCAGCGCGAGCUUGAAUCUGCGCGUGGGAGUGGAGUGCAUUGAUGGCAUGGAGAAGGCUGGGCCGUGGGUUGAGGAGACAGAUGGCGUGCGGCGCUUGAAGGAUCUGACGAUGCGUCCUUUGCCGAGGCCGCCUGGGGAACCCGAAGAUGGCGAUGCUGAUGAACAAGGCGAUGAUGGGGAGGGGGAUGAUUAUGGGGAUAUGGUGCGACCUGUUGCGCCGUAG